ACAACUUUCAGGAACGAACUCCACGGCAGCUGGUUCAUCCAAGCUCUAUGCAGUAAGAUCGACAGCCUAUCUAACACGCACGAUCUUGAAUCCAUCAUAACGGAAGUCAAACGGGAUGUAGCCAUCGACAAACAGCACGAAGAGUACAACAGACGAACCUUCGAAAUGAACGUUAACAAACAAAUGCCGGUUAUGACGUCAACACUGAUCAGGAAACUGUUUUUGAAGAAGUUUGGGGAUCUGCCGAAUGUGGAGACCUUUGUCGAUAAGGUGAAAACUCCGAAUGAUUCAAGGAGAGAAGUCCUGGACACCAUCCAGCCUAGUACCCCACUUCUGGUGCAGUUUGGGCCGUGUUCCUGCUUUUUGGGGCAUUUUUCGUAUUUGAGAAACUGUUUGAGGUACUUCAUCGAAGAGAACCCUAACGACGAAGCAGCAAAGUCUCUCCUAGAAGUCGCGAACGCAUUCGAAGAUAGCGUAGACUUCAACACAUCCAAAGAGAAAAUGAGCAAAGCUAUCAGCAAACAUUUAGACACGAACGCCCAAUCCAGUAGAUAUUAUAAGUUCUUGCAUUUAUACAAGUAACGUUGCAUUUAUUAUACGUAGAUAAACAAUUAAACAAAUGACAGUAGAAGAAAUAAGUAAUAACGAAUGAAAACGAAUGAAAAAAAAAACGAUUGAUCUUGCAUUUAUUAUACGUAAAUUAGUUUAUUUUGAAACAAAUGACAGUAAAACAAAUUAACAUGGAAAUAAGAAUAUAAAAAAGAAUGAAUAAUAAACUUGUUUUAGAUACUAGACUGAUGACUAGAUAUUUGAACAAUAUUUUAUCACUCUCGCAUUUAUUACAAAACAAAAGAUAUCACACAAUCUAAAAUUGUCUUGUAUUUUGAGUAGGACCCCAAUUCCGCUUUUCACGGAACAUGAAUGAAUUCAGUACGCGGCAGAACACUCACGGUCAAUAGCAUAAAUUUCCAAUUAUUGCGUUGGCAAAAUAUUUUAUUAAGCGAAUACGAAUAUUGUCAAAUUUAAUCCUACCUCCAUGCAUUUAUCCGCCAUUGUAAGUAGCGGAAUUGGGACCCUGAGAGAGAGACUUUAGGAA